AUGAACUUCCGCCCGCCCAAGAGACAGAUGAUUACCCCCGAUAAGACCAUCGCCGUUAUCAACGCCAGUGGCAGGCAGGCCGCUUCCUUUAUCAGAGUUGCGACCGCUGUGGGAUAUCACGUCCGGGCACAACUUAGGAAUCUUGAGGGUGUAGUAGCCGCUGAGGUUGCGACAAAUCCCCAUGUUACCGUUAUCCAAGGAGAACUGUAUACCAAAGAGCCACAGCCUGCGAAGGUUGGCCAAAAUCAAGGGAAUGGGCAUAGCCAGGUGGGCGAGGUCGAUGUCACCAAUACCGGCCCCAACUCGGGCAUCGGCGUAAAUUACGACAUCAUCGAGAAGCUCUUCAAGGGAGCGCAACUAGCCUUCAUUAACACAACGUUCUAUGGAGACGAGGUCAAGAUCGGCCAGGCACUCGCAGAUGCCGCUAAGAAGUACAAUGUACAGCACUACAUCUACUCAUCCAUGCCAGAUCACCACUACUACAAUAAGGACUGGCCGUCAUUACCUCUGUGGGCAUCGAAGCACAAGGUGGAGGAAUACAUUCGGAAGCUGGGGCUGCCCGCGACAUUUGUAUAUGCGGGCAUCUAUAAUAACAACUUCACUUCGCUCCCCUAUCCCCUGUUCUGCACCGAGAUGCAAGAAGACGGCUCCUUCGUCUGGCAAGCCCCCUUCCACCCCGACGCCAAGCUCCCCUGGCUCGACGCCGAACACGACGUUGGUCCUGCGAUCCUCCAGAUUUUCAAGGACGGUGUCAAGAAGUGGGGCGGUAAGCGCAUCGCCCUUGCCUACGAGAUGCUGUCGCCCGUUGAGGCGUGUGAGGUCUUCUCGCGCGGCGUCGGCCGGCCUGUUCGCUACAAGCGCGGCCCUAUUGAGGUCAAGGUUAAGAUCCCUGAGGGCUACCGAUGCCAGCUGGAGGCGCUCGAGCAGCUGUUUACCCUGGGCGGCGACGACCCGACGAAGCAACCCCCAUAUUUUGGCGACAUCGAGCUGGAGCAGAGCUGCCCGCGCGUGGCGCUGGAGCUGUGGGAGGGUCCCCGGGGACUGGAGGAGUAUGCGCGCGAGGUGUUCCCGCUGGAGGAGCAGGCGAAUGGUCUUACGUGGAUGCUUGAGGAUGAGGCGAAGAAGAACAUUCGCCCUCCUCCGAUCAUUGGGAACGGUUACCUCUCGACGCUCGCCGAAUAUCACAACCUGUAUCAGCAAAAUGGGGAGAUCAUCAUCAACCCGCAGGACCCUCCAGAUUCCGAAGGUGAAGAGUAUGAAGAGGAGGAAGAAGGCCUGGUCAUGCGUGGCCUGAAGCGGGACGACGAGGAGUGGUUGGCUUGA